CCGCGCGGUGGAUGUGCUCGGCACUCGCGCCUCCCGGCUGCGCGCGCAUACGGCUCUGCGCUUCGCUUCCGGCCGCGGCGGCCCGAGCGCCGGCCUGAGGAGCUGAGGAGCUGAGGCGCCUGGGGCCGGCGGCUCCUGGGGGCAUGAGGCGCUGAGGCGGCCCCGCGGCGCCAUGAACCUCCUCCCGUGCAAUCCCCACGGCAACGGGCUGCUCUAUGCCGGCUUCAACCAGGACCACGGAUGCUUUGCAUGUGGUAUGGAAAAUGGAUUCCGAGUCUAUAAUACUGAUCCACUGAAAGAAAAAGAAAAACAAGAAUUUCUAGAAGGAGGAGUUGGCCAUGUUGAAAUGUUAUUUCGCUGCAAUUAUUUGGCUUUAGUUGGUGGUGGAAAAAAGCCGAAAUAUCCCCCCAACAAAGUGAUGAUCUGGGAUGACCUGAAAAAGAAGACUGUUAUUGAAAUAGAAUUUUCUACAGAAGUCAAGGCAGUCAAAUUGCGGCGAGAUAGAAUUGUGGUUGUUUUAGACUCCAUGAUUAAGGUGUUUACAUUUACACACAAUCCUCAUCAGUUGCACGUCUUUGAAACCUGCUAUAACCCUAAAGGCCUCUGUGUCCUGUGCCCCAACAGUAACAACUCCCUCUUGGCCUUCCCGGGUACACACACGGGUCACGUGCAGCUCGUGGACUUGGCUAGCACCGAGAAGCCACCCGUGGACAUUCCUGCCCACGAGGGCAUCCUGAGCUGCAUUGCUCUCAACCUGCAGGGAACAAGAAUUGCAACUGCAUCUGAGAAAGGGACCCUUAUAAGAAUAUUUGAUACUUCAUCAGGGCAUUUAAUCCAGGAACUACGAAGAGGAUCUCAAGCAGCUAAUAUUUAUUGCAUUAACUUCAAUCAGGACGCUUCCCUCAUCUGCGUGUCCAGCGACCACGGAACAGUACACAUUUUUGCUGCUGAAGAUCCAAAGAGGAAUAAACAGUCUAGCCUGGCAUCAGCCAGUUUCCUUCCGAAAUACUUCAGUUCCAAGUGGAGUUUCUCCAAAUUCCAGGUUCCCUCAGGCUCUCCAUGCAUCUGUGCCUUUGGAACAGAGCCCAAUGCGGUUAUUGCAAUUUGUGCCGACGGCAGCUACUACAAAUUCCUAUUCAACCCCAAGGGGGAGUGCAUCCGGGAUGUCUACGCGCAGUUUCUAGAAAUGACCGACGACAAGCUGUGACUUCACCAGGAGCACAAUCAGCAGCUGUUGCCCCCAGAGCGCUGAGUGUGCCCCUCAAAUUCCUGGGGCUGGUGCCAGCGCCCUUGGGCCUUGUGGGUGACAGGCUAAGGGACUGCCUGGGGAACCUUGGUCGAAGCCAUAUGUGGUAUCUUUUUCCUGAGCACGGCUUCCCAUUUCCAGUAUUAAAGAACUGUCCCCAUCACCAUGAACACUCUGGUACUCUGAGCAGCUCAUACUGCUGGUAGCUUAUUCCUGUAGUUCAACUGUGACGCCGGCUUUCGUGGUUUCACUGCAUCAUCGUACCUACCAUUGAGGCUCCAAACAAACUAGGUGUGGACUUGGCCAGGACAGACAAGUGAAGACGGUUUUGACAGUAGAGUCCAUCGUUUUACUGAGUAUCAUGGGGAAAUAAGUCAGUGUAUAAUUGUUUUUUCUUUAUAACCAGAUUUAAGUAGAAUCCUAAAUACCAGCAGCUUGCCUUAGGAAAGGAGAAAGGAAUGCCUCCUCCCAUCGAACAUGGAGAAAAAUAACACAGCUGUGUUUGAGAACACAGGGUGCGCAUUUCCCUUCUGAUUCCCGGUCAUGGUCUGUGCCUGGUGCAACCUGUGGUUUGGUUGUGUGUGCUCAGUGCUGGGUCCUGUCUUACUCUCAGAGCUGUGAGGACUGAGGCAAAAGUUGGGCCCACUGGUGAGAGGCUGUGUGUCAUGUGACUGCCAUCUCUGGUGAGAUCCCUGUACAGACUUUCAAACUUAGAGCAGUAAGCGUCCCUCAGUUUAUGAAGAGGCUUAUGAAGGGAACCACCCAACAUCUCAGUGCUCAAUGCUAUUGGCAUGGAGCGCCAUCUCUCUCCCCAAAGUUUGUAAGAAUAGCCGCGCUCACAUUUUGAGAAUGAAAGGCAUAUAACAUUUUCUAACAUUUGGUAACUAAAAUAGGUUAUGGGCUCUGUCUUAUUGUUAGUACUACUUGAGGUAUAUAUUUAAUUUUCUUAAAUUCCCUUUAAAGAAAUUUAUGUUUUUGAUUUCAGGUUGCAAAUAUUUAAAACCUACAGCAGCAAGUUCUCAGUUUUGUCAGUUCUUUUACUGUCAUGUAAUCAACUAACUUUGUAUGUGGAUUUCAGUGUAAAGUAUGCAUGUUACUUUGUGUAUUUAAUCAUGAAAUUUAAUUUUGCACACUUAUUUGUAAUGUUUCUUUUAAAUAAAAGUGACUAAUUUUGUUGUA